CUCCCUCCCCCCCUCUUUCUUCAUUUACAUGAAGUCGAUUUGUGUUUUGACAUCAAUCAAAUUUUCUAACAAAUUUUAUUUUAGUAAAUAGGUAGAUAUAAUUUUUUAUAUUUUGUUAACUUUAAAAAUGGUUUGGGGUUUCGUUACUUGCGGUCCGAAUGAGGCGCUCGUUGUGUCUGGGUGCUGUUACUCCAAGCCGCUGUUGGUACCAGGCGGGCGGGCGUUCGUCUGGCCAGCGGUCCAGAAUGUCCAAAGGAUAUCGCUGAACACUAUGACCUUGCAAGUGGAAUCCCCUACCGUGUACACAAGCCAGGGCGUUCCUAUAUCUGUCACUGGUAUUGCACAGGUCAAAAUACAAGGGCAGAAUGCCGAGAUGCUGCUCUCAGCUUGCGAGCAGUUCCUGGGCAAAUCCGAACAGGAGAUCCAGCACAUAGCCCUGGUAACCCUCGAAGGUCACCAGCGAGCUAUUAUGGGCUCCAUGACCGUCGAAGAAAUUUACAAAGACAGGAAAAUAUUCUCUAAAAAGGUGUUUGAAGUGGCAUCGAGUGAUCUCAUCAAUAUGGGAAUAACUGUUGUUUCCUACACUCUCAAAGAUAUUAGGGACGAAGAGGGCUACUUGAAAGCUUUGGGUAUGGCCCGCACAGCAGAGGUAAAGCGAGACGCCCGCAUCGGCGAAGCAGAGGCUCACGCGGAAGCGCGGAUCAAGGAGGCCAUGGCGGAGGAACAACGCAUGGCCGCGCGCUUCCUCAACGACACCGAGAUAGCCAAGGCGCAGAGGGACUUCGAGCUGAAGAAAGCCGCGUACGAUGUCGAAGUUCAGACUAAGAAGGCGGAAGCGGAAAUGGCGUACGAAUUGCAAGCGGCAAAGACCAAGCAGCGCAUAAAGGAGGAGCAGAUGCAAAUCGCUGUGGUCGAGCGCACGCAAGAGAUCGCUGUUCAGAAGUGGGAGGUACAGCGACGAGAGAAGGAACUUGACUCCACCGUGCGCAGACCUGCAGAAGCGGAAAAAUUCAAGUUGGAGAAGUUGGCGGAGGCGCACAAACUGAAAACGGUGCUCGAGGCGGAAGCCGAGGCCGAGGCCGUCAAAGUUCGCGGGGAGGCGGAGGCGUACGCGAUCAAGGCGAAGGCGGCCGCUGAUGCCGAGCAGAUGGCCAAGAAGGCAGAGGCCUGGAAGGAGUACGGCUCUGCGGCCAUGGUCGACAUGAUGUUGGAGACCUUGCCUAAGGUGGCUGCGGAAGUGGCGGCGCCACUGUCGCAGGCGCGCAAGGUGACGAUGGUGUCGUGCGGCGGCGGCGAGGUCGGCGCCGCGAAGCUGACCGGCGAAGUGCUCAGCAUCGUGCAGAACAUACCCGAGCUGGUCAAGGGAGUCACCGGCGUCGACAUCUCCAAGGGUCUUCCGUCCCCGACCCUUGCGGGGCUCACCGCACACUAACCUAUCCUAGCUUUUGUUGACACCCAUCCUGAUUUUCUGGUUUUUGUUGAUACUGUCAGAAGCUUCGUUCAUUUCGCUCGCUCCGUUUUAUGUCAUUUUUGUAAACUAACUCGACAUUUCAUACAUAAAGGGUAGCUCAAUAUUUUGGUAUUUCUGUAUAACUUGGAAGUCUAUGGACAUAUGUUUGUCUUUUCACGUCAAAACGAGGUAGGCACAGAAAUAAUGUUUUUAUGUGACGAUUAAUUGUUAGAAAGUAGAAAAUGAUUGAACAAUUUUAUAACGCGGGUGGGUGGAACCGCGUGCAAUAUUGACUUGUAACUAAAAUGUGAAAUUUUAGUUCGAAUUUAAAUUCACAAGUACUUUUAACGAAAAGGGCAUAUUAUGACACAGUAAGCAGAACUUACUUAUUCGCCCAAAUUUGCAUCGCGUCAGUAGUAUUUUCAGUGCCUAUCUUAUUUAAAAAUCUCAUUGGCAUAGUGCAAAAGAAUUUCCAAUCAGUCUAAACAUCUUAAGGCGACGUCAACAAAACGUUACAUCAAACGUUUUCUUCCCAGCUUAUGUAUACAUAUCAGAAUAACUUUUGUUUCCGCGUAACAAUUAUAACAAUUGUUUUAUACACAUAAUGAUUCUCACACACUGUAUAUUGUUACACAAAUAACACAAACUGGUCGACCCAGCUUCGUUUGAUAAUAAUGUAUGGUGUUGUUACGACAUGGAAUAAAGAAAGAAAGAAAUCAUUUAUUCGGCAAACACAUAAAAUCCAAACAUUAAACAUUAACACUGAAAGGUAAAGUACAAAAGAGUAUCGAAUAUAGAUCGAAUACAAUAUGUCAACCGAAAUGGCGACCAGCUCAGCAUGGUGCCAUGGUAUCGAGCCAAGCCGGUGAUUUACAAACCAAAUAAAAAAAGUAGGUAAGGUGGCAAAAUAAACAAAUUAAUAUGUACGGAAACAGAAACAAACAACAGCAAACAUUAGGACUAGAUAGGAGACUAACGUACAAGUGUUGAAAUAAUGUUAAUAUGAUGGAAUAUGAUGUAUGGUACGUAAAUAGUAUAAUAUUUGAGGAAUUAAACAUAUUCUGACUAAGGAAAAAAUGUAAAAAAGGAUAAUAAAUAUAAAUUACAUGGAAAUUCUUUCAUAGUAAAAGUCUAUCUAAAUACAAAACAACAUACAAGUCGUUUAUAGGAUGUGACUAGGUAAGUCACUUCUAUCUUUGUCCGUUCACAAUCAAAUAAAUUAGGCAAUCUUCAAUCUUACUGAAUAUCUAUAUUAAAUGAGAUAUAUCGUGGGCGCAUGUAACAUGGGAGGUUUUGACCAACUGAGUAAUAAUGUUUUAGGCGUUUCAGGCAUGUAUUAAUUAUUUCGAUGAAACGAACAUGAUGACCCAAAACAAUACAUGUGUCUGCGAAUUAUUAUUAUUACUACAAUAUAUGGUAAGAGUACCUUAUGUUUAAUUAGAAAAUGAAUCGAAAAAAUAUUUUUAAUCUUUCGUAUUUUAAUUUUUAUUAAUUUUAUCAUAUCAACUGGUGCAUUUAUUUCUCGAAGUGCACUAUUCUUAACGCGCACUUAACUUCUUACAUGAAACGCCGAAUAGAUAAGACGCAUUGUAAAUAUAUGUUUUAUUUUAUAUUAGUUACUUCGUGAAAAAUGGACACGAGUCACAGUGUUCUGUUCAUGUUUCUAGAUGAAGAUAACGAAGGCUUUUUUCCAAUAUCUAUAUGCCAGCUGGGUGGAACAACUGGAACACUAAACAUUGACAUAAAUAAUUCUAGAAAUGCAGUUCAUUACCAAAUGAUCUUGGUACUCUGGAUAUCCUAUAAAUAAUAUGAACCCAUGGGUAAAGCUCACAAUUAUUGUUUCCGAAGAAACAAUAAGCACUCUGGCUGUUUAAGUUACGAUUUUGUUUGUUCGAUUGAUUGACCUUUUAAUCAAUAAGUAAAUCAAAGUUGCCUCUCGAUUAGUAUUUUUUAUAUCAGUGUAAUACAUCAACAUAGCUUCAAUUUGAGAUACAUCAAAACGACACUAAAGCAAUAAUUUUCCAAUCACUAUUUUAAUGGCUGGCUAGACUGUACCUGUGUAACUAUACUCGUGGAAGUAGACGUGGUAAUUAACUUACCUAAACAAUAGCUUCAUGUAUAAUGUUACGUUUUCCUUAUUAUCAUUGCAGUCAAUGUUUAUGUAUUCGUGGAAGCUUCUAGUGAAGCGAAACGUGAUUGGUGAGAAUAAUUUAAAAAUAGCCUUUAUAUCUUUAUCUAUAGUCUCGAGGUCACAGCUUUGCUCUCCGUUAUCUAUCCUACAUGUUAACAUGUACGUACGUACAUGCUAUUUAACGGUAUAUGUAUAUAUCCUGAUAAUUUUUGGCAAAGGUCGUAGUGCAUAUAUUUACAAGUUUAUAUAACAAUAUUGAUAUCUUAUUAAAUUUAUGACUUAAUCUAUAUAUUUUGUAAUUUUGAAAUAAUUCAUUGAAUAUAUGUGUAAUAGGGAAAUAAGGAAAUAAUUGCCUAAUAUCAACUUAAGGAAAGAAUGUAUGUGGUCAUAACUGUAUGUAUGUGUCUCCUAAUAUAACAUCCUGAAAUAACAGCUCGUACAUAGUACGUUUUGACCACCAUAAACCACUCUAAUCAUAAAGUUAUUAAAAAAGUUAAUUAAUUUCACAGCUUCACUCAUAUGAUUGGUUGAUUAAAACAUUGGAUAAUUAAAGUUUUGCUUUCCAAUUAUCAAGUUGUGAUUUUUUAUGAAUCUAAAAAAGUAAAAAGCUAUUUUUGUAUCUAAAGUUGUUUAUGUGAUGCUUUCCAGUUGGAGCGAAAUAGGCAGAAGUAGAGUGCUGGAUUCACUUUUAAAUAUUCUUAAACCUCAAUUUGAGGUUUCUCCGAAGAACAGCCACUGAUAUCCAACUACAACCUUCGGGAGAAGUCGCGACGACGUUAUAAUAUAUAAAGAAAUGUCUGAAAAAUCUGAGUUCCAAUACCAAUUUUUACUAGGAACAUUACAAAUAAAAACUGGCGAAACGUUUGGCUGCGUUUAAAUCAUCUACAUAAUCUAAAAAAUAUAAAUCCGACAACAUUAAACUCACUAAUAGGCAUAUUUACGAUAUCGAAGUGCGAAUUCGCAUUACGAAUUAUUUUUCAUCAUUCGUCUAAAAUCAUUUUCUAUGCAUCUGUUUGAUAAUCUAUGUUUGUUACUGUUUAUACUUCUCUUUCAUAUUCUAUGUAGCUCUUUACUAAUCUUUGUUACUGUUCGUGUUUGCACCGCUUUGCUUAUGUACUAACUUGAACCGGGGUGGUGG